AUGUCAAACAUAAUUCUAAAAGACAAGUACAGAUCUAUUUUGCAUGAUGAAGAUGAUAACAUCCAGUGGAGACAUGGUGGCCCUCCCACUUAUGGUCUUGUCAACCAGCUUUUCGAACAAGGAAGAACCAAAGAAUGGCCAGAAGGAUCAUUGGAGGAAAUAGUGCAAAAUGGUAUUAAGUCAUGGGAGAUGGAACUCUCUCACAAGAUCCGGUUGCAGGACUUCAAGACCAUUGUGCCUGAAAAAUUUAAACUCUUUGUUAAUGGCAGAGAGGGACUAAGUGCAGAGGAAACUCUAAGUUUAGGAAGUUAUAAUGCAUUGUUGAAAAGUUCUCUGCCAGAAAAUUUGAGGCCAUAUAAUUCAAAUGAAGAGACUUUUGAAUCAUCUCAUGAAGUAUUCAAAUCAGCUUUUCCAAGAGGAUUUGCAUGGGAAGUGAUUAAAGUUUACACAGGACCACCUGAAAUUGCUUUCAAGUUUAGGCAUUGGGGAUUCUUUGAAGGUCCUUUCAAAGGACAUGCCCCUAAUGGGAAAAUAGUCCAAUUCUUUGGCUUGGGAACUCUCAAGGUGGAUGAUGCUUUGAAGGUUGAAGAGGUGGAAAUUUACUAUGAUCCAGCAGAGUUGCUUGGAGGCCUUCUAUCAAAUGGAGAUAGUACAAAAACUUCAGCUUGUCCUUUUUCCAAUUAA